AUGAACCUGCAGCGUGGCACCGAUGCCGUUUUUGCCAUGAGCCUUGCGACAAUGAUGCUCAGGGCUACAAUGAGUGGACGGGUCGGAGAACCUGGAGAACCUGGACUGGAUGUGCAAGCGAGGCUGCGAGGAACGUCGCAAGCCCAUGGCUAGUGUGUGGCUUUGGCGCCAUCACCGAGAAAAACCCAGUCACUCACGCCCUGGCAACAUGGAAUCUCGGAGAUGAGGGCACGGAUCAAGAGCCAAAAUCUUGACGAUAGGGCAACCAGCAUCGGCAAACCAGGAACAUGGCUUGCAUGGCCCGUUCCAUCCAUGCCUCACGUUUUUGUUUUGCACGUCAUUUGUGGCAAUUCUGAUGGGGAAUAACAAAAAGCGCCCCGAGGCCCCCUCUUGACCAG